AUGGGAAGAGGAAAUCCUUCAACUACUGUAGUUCGACGUAGUAAGUUUGCUCCAAAAAUCUUAUUUUCCACCUUUUUUAAGUCAAAUGGUCCUGUUUUCAUUUAUCGUGUGGAACGGGGACAAGCUAUUGAUCAUCAUUUUUACAUCAACGAUUGUUUACGACCUCUUGUUGAUGAAAUCAAACGUCAAAGACCUUCAUAUGGCACUAGUCAUAUUAAAAUUCACCACGAUAAUGGAAGGCCAUAUAUUCAUAAAGAUGUGUCCAAUUAUCUUGAAUCAGAAGGUCUCACAGUAAUGCCACAUCCACCUAAUUCUUCAGAUUUAUCACCAUGUGACUUUUGA